AUGUCAGCUUACAAUAAGACAUCUGUUCAUCCAUCAAUCUUCAUUCUUGUUGGAAUCCCUGGGUUGGAGGCUAUACACACCUGGAUCUCCAUCCCUUUUUCCAUAGGCUAUGUUUUAGCCCUACUGGGAAAUUUCUCACUUCUGUUUAUCAUCAAGACAGACCCCAGCCUUCACAAACCAAUGUACCUCUUCCUCUGCAUGCUGGCUGUGGCUGACCUUGUAGUGUCCACUACUGCUGUUCCCAAACUUCUCAGCCUCUUCUGGUUCCACAAUGGAGAGAUUCACAUUGCAGCCUGCCUCACUCAAGUCUUCCUGAUUCACUCUUGCUCCACAAUGGAGUCGGGAUUCAUGUUAUGUAUGGCCUUUGACCGGUACAUAGCCAUUUGCAACCCUUUAAGACACUCAGCUAUUCUGACACACACUGUAACUGCGGGUAUGGGCCUGGCAAUUGUAUUUCGGGGCACAGCCUUUCUGAGUCUUCACCCUUUCCUGCUACGUUGGCUUCCCUACUGCAGAACCAAUAUCAUUUCCCACACCUACUGUGAGUUCAUGGCCCUCAUCAAGAUUGCCUGUGCUGAGACAAGCAUCCGCAGAGCCUACAGCCUCACUGUGGCCUUCCUGACUGCUGGGGUGGACUUCAUACUCAUCAUUUGCUCUUAUAUCCUCAUCCUCAAUGCUGUCUUCCACCUGCCUUCCAAGGAUGCUAGACUCAAGACUUUGGGCACCUGUGGCUCACAUGUCUGUGUCAUCUUAGUGUUCUAUAUUCCAGCCUUCUUCUCUUUUCUUACCCACCGGUUUGGGCACCAAGUGGCUCCCCAUGUACACAUACUUGUGGCCAACUUGUACCUUCUUGUCCCCCCAAUGCUGGACCCUAUUAUUUAUGGUGUAAGAACCUAA